CAAGGACGGAAGAGAGAAUCAACGACCAUCACGCCGCUUCCCGACACGCGCCGCCCGACGAGACAGCUCCACUCCACCUGCGCGCGGGCACACGACGAGCUCUUCCUCAAAGCCCUUCACCCUGCUUGGUGCAACAUCCCUCCAACAUGGCGCUCAUUGAGACGUCGCUGAUAUGGGUCGCAUACGCCGUGUGCAUUGCCAUCCUAUUCUUCGUCAGUGCCAUCUUCGUGUACACAUACCAAAAGCCAGGCGAGCGAACAGUCGCCGUAACUAUCAUAUGCUGGAUCACAGUGCUCUCACUGCUGGCGACCGUACUCCUCAUGCCCGUAGAUAUCGCCCUUGUCAGCAGUACGACUUCGAGGAAAUUGGGCCGGAAAAAGGACUGGGCGACACCUGACAAGGUGGACGACACUCUGCACACCCUGAAGAUCGUAUACUACACGCUUUACAGCCUGGACGCUGUUUUGUGUCUGCUGGUCGUGCCCUUCACGUACUUCUACUACGAAGAGUACGAUGAGGUGGCGACGGAAGAGGGACAGCAGACGAUUGGCAGCAGACUCUGGGCCGCAUUCAAGUGGACUUUUGCUUUUAUCCUGUUCUGCGUCAUUCUGUUCCUGGUUGGCUUCUUCGUGCCGGUCGCGAAGAGGGCGAGAGACGACCACAAAGAUCUUGACUACUUCAAGGACCUUCUGACUGAGAAUCACGGCGAACGUGCGUUGACCUUUGCAAUUGGAGUGCUGAUUUUGGUUGGCACUGUCUUGUACUGUCUAUACACAGCUCCUGGCCUGGCUCUCCUUCCCGUCUCGUUGAUCAAGACUGCUCCAGCAAUCUCAGCACCUCAACUUCGCGAAACGACCCAGAGCCAACUCGACCAGAACCGUGAACGACAACGCCAGCUCGAAGGUCGUAGUGAGGGCCGUGAAGGUGGACUGGAUCCCAGAGACCGACGCGAGCUCGAGGCUCUAGUUCGGGAAGAGCGCACCUUGGCACGCAGACAACGACUUGCAGAGGAGAAUGCUGGCGAGGGUCAGAACUUCUUCAUCAAGGUCUGGCUCAAGCUUGAAGCCAUUUUCCGACCUCUCAAACUGAUAUUUGGUCUCCUCAUUCUGCUCAUUGCUUUGAUCAUCUUCGCAAGCAUGCUCAUCACCAUGGUCGACAAGAUUAAGAAUUCCGUCUGCGGCGUCUCGUGCGGCUACCUGCUAGGCAAGACCAAGAUCUUCCAGCCGGUCAAUGCGCUUCUCCGCGAGACAUCAAAGGUCUUCCCAAUCGACUAUGUCAUCUUCCUCUUGAUCACCCUGCUCUUCUUUUGCGCUACCGUCGUCGGUCUGGCCACUAUCGGCAUCCGCUUCCUCUGGGUCAUGCUUUUCAGGAUUCGCAAAGGCCACACCACACCCAACGCCAUGCUCAUGGCCACAGUGCUGCUGACGUUAAUGACUUUGGCCCUCAACUAUAGCUUGGCAAUGAUUGUCGCUCCUCAAUAUGCCACAUUCGGGCCCCAGACAUUCUGCGACAGGCCAUCCCACAAUCCAGACCUGCAGCCGGACUGCAGCGAGCAUCACAAGGCGAUCAAGCCCUGCUCCGAACGCACCGAUAAUCCUAUCGCCAAGAUGGUCUGCACGCCAUCUGUCGUCUCCACUUUCCUCAAUCGCAUUACUGCCAACUUCCCCUACCUCGGUGUCGUCGACUUCUACGCACAGUUUGCCUUCCUUGGCAUCUUCAUCAUCGUCUUCUUGGUCACGCUCUUCCGCGUACCCAAGCUUGACGAGGAACAAAUGGACGAGGAUCUCCGCGAGGCUGAAGAGGAAGGUCUAUUGGCGAGUACGGGAAGAAGAUUUGGCGCGACUUGGCAAGACAUUACCGGUAAGCCACGAGGAGUGAAGAGGAGUGACUACGGUGCUGUCGGUGGAAGUAGCGCAGCUGGAGAGGACUGAUUCAAAAAAAAAACAAGGUUUGGUGGGCGAAGUGGCUAAGAAUGAGAAUCUGUACGUCUGCUGUUCGAGUAACUGUUUAUUGAUACCACAAGUGCGCGAAAGAAAUGGCAGAACGACAGAAUUUUGGUGCAGAGAAUGUACAUAUAUCAACUGUUUUCUUUUCAUGAUACGAAUGUCAACCCAAUGAUUCGUCG